CCCCUACCGCGUCCUCUUCCUCUCUCUCUCUCUCUGUCUUCUAUCUACCCUUCUUCCAUCGGUUGGUUCAUUUAGUCUCUUCUAUUGAUCUGGCCCUUCUCUCUCUGUCUCUGUCUCUGUCUCUCUGUAUAUAUAUGCACACAGAGGCACGCACAUCAGUCUAGUUCUUUGCUUGCUGGUUACUGCUCUAUGUAAACUACAUCAACAUAGAUCUUUGCUUGUUGAUUCAAGAAGAGUUGUGGCAUUUCCUCCAACUCCUACAAUUGUGCUCCUUUUAUUCCAUUUCUUCGAUGGAAGAAUGGUGCAGAUGAUGUACUCUCCAACUGGGACGACAAGGUGGUAUCGACGAUGUUGGAUCUUUUGGUUGCACUAAUUCCGGGAGUUUGUGCUUUGGUUGCAGCUGUUAUACAAGGAAAAUUGACCCCUGGUGGCAACAAGGAAAUUAAUGGAAAAUUGGCCUCCGAUGGCAACAAGAAAAGUAAGGGUAAUGCUGAAAAACAAUUAGCGUCACUUGAGGAGGAGGCUAAAAAUCUGACGCAAGAAGGGAAGAGGAUUCGGACGGAACAGUAUGAAGUAGUCAACUCUUAUAGAAGCCAAGUUACAGCACUCAUGCGACUUAGCCUAUUUUAUGGCGUUGCCUCUAUCUAUCUCCAACUAAGUUACACCGACGAGGUUAAGAUGACAAUUCUCUUCUUCUUUGCCUUCGCGGUUGCCUUUAGGACGGCAUUGACGAAGCUCGAGAAAAUAUCUCAGUCGACUGGGGACCUCAGGAAAAGGCUGAAACCUUUGCAGAAGCAAGUCACAACUUUUAAAACCAACCGUGGCAAGCCGGGAAAUCGGCUGGAUGGGCAAAUUAAGCAGCUGGAGGAAGACAUAGCUAAGGCCAUGGAGCUAUCUAAAUCAAAUGAUAAGCAGGCCAACGAAUCAUCGGUGCUUCUCCCUCUCGCAGCUUGUGCAGUUGCAUGUGGGCGCUGUAUCCCUGGUCUUUCCGAGCUUGUGCAGUUGCUUGUUUUGCUCUGUUCGCUCGCCUCUACACAUCCCACUCUGCUGCUUUCAACCAUUCUGCAAGGCUGUCUAUUAAUGCUAAACCACAGCGGAAAGGACUGGGAUUAAGGGCGCUGCCCUUAGAGGAGGUGAACCAUGAACUAUGAAGCAAUCAAUCCCCUGGACACAGUUUUCAGGCUUAGUAGUUUGGCUAGGCUUUUUUUUUUUAGAGUUUUUAAGCUCGAUAGUGUUUAAGCUGAUUGUAGCAUUUAAAUUAGAUAAGGUUUAAACUGAUAAU